ACUAACGUUGAUGACAAAGAGGCCGCUGCAAAGAUGAAGAUGUUUGGAAAGCUCACGAGGGAAAAAUUUGAGUGGCACCCGGAUAAGCUUUUGUGCAAAAGGUUUAAUAUUCCUGACCCCUAUGCAGAGUCAUGCAUUGUCGGAUUGCCGACGGUGAAACGUGAUAAGUAUUCUGUGUUCAACUUCCUGACUGUUGCUUCAGAGUCCGCGUCAGAGAUGCUAAAUCAACCGAUGAAAACGGGAGUGCAACAAGAUAAUAUUCCUAACAAGCCAAAGAAGUCAUCCAGAUGGGAUGUGCCCGACAGAGAGAAGAAGAAAGAUAGCAUCAGCGAAUUUAUAAGUUUGGCUCGAUCAAAAGUUGAUGUCCAUGCCCAGGACCAACUUCCCAAAGCAGUUGAAGCGAAGGCCAAGGAGGGGACUGGUGACCUUGUUCCCACUCAGCCAUCAGGCCCACCCAGUGGCCCAAGUGAAGCUGCUGUGGAAGAGGAAAGCCGGCCAUCCAUGGAUUUAUUUAAAGCCAUCUUUGCCGGUUCCUCGGACGAGAAGUCCUCUUCUGAAGAAGAGAGUGAUGGAGAGGAACCAGCUGCCACAGCCCUGGCAGGAGAGUCCGAAAACGCAAAGCCUUGCGACUCACCUGGGGUCCCAUUACCUGUUGCUCAAGAAACGGAAGCUAUACCUGAGACUUUUGAUACAAUAACGCCAACCUUAAAGGAAGUAGUUGAUCAAGGAGAAUUUGGACCAAGAUUGCCUCCUGUUGCUUAUCCUGGCACAGCUGAAGUGGUGGCAGAGCACAAAACCCCAAAGAUCAAAGAAAAACACAAGAAAAAAGAACACAAACACAAAAAGGAAAAG